GCCAUUCGGAUAAUGAACCAAGUUGUCGGCUGUAAGUUAAAACGUUUUAUCCGUGUCUGUGCCAAUGGUUCUACAUCUCUAGCGAGCUCUACCGUCAAGUAUCGACGGAGAUCAGGUGGGAAUGAAGGCUCAUCAUUAGCAACAGUAGAAGCUUGGACAAAGCCGCUGGAGCAAAAGAAAGGGAUUUCAAUGACGAGACCUACCCACUUCCUCUCCUUACCGCUCGGUCAACAUUCCCAGCUACGCGGCGUGGUUGGUAACUUUCAAAGUGCUCUGCUACUGCUUCAAAAGACCCCGGAUGCAAUCAAGGGUCUCGAUCCGUCCAUCGUCAUUAAUCCCAGGCGACUGCACCUCACUUUGGGUGUUAUGACACUGGAAAAAUCUAACGAACAUACAGCCGAUUCGGAGAAAACCUCCAAGAAGACGAUUGAAUCUGCGUUGGAGUUAUUGCACUCUCUCCAGCCCCAAUUGUCGAACGAAGGCCCACUAGAAGUCCCCUUGAAGAGACUCGGGGUGUUUGAGUCGAAAAAGGGCGCCAGAGUGCUGUGGGUGAGCCCCAUAGAACAAGUUGUUGAUGAGGAAACCCCCGAGGAAAAGGAAAAUCGAGAGAAGCUCCAACGUGUCUGUGACCUCGUGCACAGAACGUUCAAAGCUGCUGGAUAUAUCACUGAUCAACGACCCUUAAAGCUCCAUUGCACGAUAAUCAAUACUAGUUACCGAAAACCUUCGUCAAAAAGACAUAUCCUGUUUUCGUUCGAUGAUAUUUUACGCUCUGCUCCGUUACGGAGCAUACAGGCGUUCCCAACCACAACGCAAGUGGCGGCGGUAGAGCCUGUCGCUACUAGUUCAUCAUUAGACCCCUCAAGGGAUCCAGCGACGAUUCCAUGUGCAAUUCAAGGCUCUUCUGGGACAAAUCCGCCUUCUGAGCCUGCGUCAAUACCUACAGAACGGGUCAUACCAGUGGAUAUGGGCACUUUUACGGUCUCGGAGAUUCAGCUCUGCGUGAUGGGUAGCCAUGGUCCUGAAGACGAGUAUGUCAGCGUCGGGGGGACUUCGUUGACUAAAGGAAACUAGCAUCCUGUCUCCGAUAUACCGCUCGAUCUAUUUUGAAUAUUUCGAACCUGCAUCACGGUCACUCUCCACCAUAUGCGAGAAUGACCCUUAUAUGCAAUCUUUGUAGCAGUAUACCUCGCCCCUAAAUCACUGUCGGGUGUCAUCGCAGAUAGGUUUGGUCUUGGCUCCUACGGGCAAGAAUGUAUUGCGGAAGGACCUUUCGCUUUUGCCUCUUUUGGCACACUUAUCAACCUCGGAACGUUUUGAAAUGUUUCUCUGAACUGUGAUGUCUUCCGACACUCUCAAGGUCGUGUUGUUCUCGCUAAAGGCACUGCAGGAUCUAAGGAUGAUAUUCAAUUUCCUCAGAAUCGGAAAAGGGCCUAUUUUACACUGCCCUGCACUCGGUUCAUAUCGGUUACCAUUCAUCAGACAAUGCAUUAACCUCCUCCUUCGUCACCGAGGUUUCAUUCCUAUCAAAGAGACACACCCACAUGCCCCACCCAUCCCCUUCUCCAUAAUAACCUCACGGG